AUGGAAGAAUUCGAUCGAGUUCCCAUUGACAUUCAAUCUACAAACAACCCCUGUUUGAGUCCCAGCAGCAGCAGCAAUGGUCAUACAUUGACCAUAUCUCCUGGAAUGACACAGUAUUGGACUCCUCACUGUGAAGACGAAAUCAGACCAGCAGUAGACAUGAUUUUUAAAACAUUGGAUGCUGGUAUUGAAUUCUACACUCGUUAUGCUGCGAAAGUCGGGUUUGACACGAGGUCUAGUUCCGUCGUUACAGCACGUGACGGGACAAAAACUCAAAAGCUAAUCCUUUGCAACAGAGAAGGAUUUAAGAAUACAGGAGCUCAACAUUGUCAGUCGCAGUCAAGUGCAGAUGCAGGGGAAGGUCCUUCCCGUCCAAAGCGGCGAAGGGUUUCAAACAGAACUGGUUGCAGAGCUAGGAUUAUGUUUAAGUACAUUGGAGCAGCUGGGUACCAAGUUACCACUUUUAUUGAAAAACAUAAUCACAACAUGUCUUCGGUUCUGGCAAGGCAGUUUCUAAAGGGAAAUAGAAACAUCUCCAGUGUUCACCAGAAGUUUAUACUCGACUGCGCUAAAGCAAAUAUUGGAGCAUCAAAAUCUCACGGUUUAUACAGUCAUAUUGUGGGGGAUUACUCUGAAGUUGGAGCAACUGUAGUGGACUUUAAAAAUGUCAGAAGGGAUCUCAGAGCAUACAUAUUGGGAGCUGAUGCACAAAUACUGGUGCACAAUCUUAUUAAGAAACAAGAGAUGUGUCCUGCAUUUGCUUUUGACUACGAGGUUGAUGAAGAUGAGCAGAUGAACAGACUGUUUUGGGCAGAUCCAAUGUCAAAAAAGAAUUUUGUUGCAUUUGGAGAUGUUGUCUCUUUUGAUGCCACAUACUCAACAAACAGGUACGAUCUGGUUUUAACACCCUUCACCGGAGUUGAUAACCAUAAAAAAUGUAUAACAUUCGGUGCUGGACUACUGUUGGAAGAAGACAUUGAGUCUUAUGUUUGGCUCUUUGAAAAAUUUAAAAAGGCAAUGGGUAUGGAACCAAGAAUAAUUGUCACCGAUCAAGAUCCAGCUAUGAAAGUGGCGAUUCCAACAGUUUUCAAGCAAGCCAGGCAUCGUUAUUGCAUGUGGCACAUCAUGUGUAAAGUUGGGGAAAAGGUGGGUCCUACGCUGAACAAGGAUGAGGAAUUCAGGAACAAACUGAACUCAAUCGUUUGGACGUCAUCUUUGGAACCUCCUGAUUUUGAGAUGCAGUGGAGAGAGCUGAUGGAAAAGUACAACUUAGUCGAACACAACUGGUUUAAAACUAUGUUUGAGGCUAGAAAGCAUUGGAUCCCAGCGUAUUUUAGAGAUGUCUUUAUGGGAGGACUACUCAGAACAACUUCUCGUUCCGAAAGUGAGAACUACGCGUACAGCCGUUUUAGUGGUCCCCAAUCAAGCCUAGUUGAAUUCAUGAUGAACUUUGACAGUGCUCUUAGAUCACAACGUAACACAAACGCAAAGCUCAACAGUGACAACGAAGGCUACAAUCCGGAUAUGAAGACGCCUCUGGGAAUUGAAAAGCAUGCUUCAAUCGUCUACACCAUUACUGUUUUCUAUCAAGUUCAGGAAGAAAUAUGUGCCUCCUGUUUCAAAUGUAUGGUGUUGAGUGUUAGAGAAGACGGUGGAAUGUUGCACUAUGAUAUUAUGGAUGGAAAGAACAAAAGAUUUACUGUGGUGCACAAUGUAAAUGACCAUGAGGCCAAAUGCAGUUGCAAGAUGUUUGAGAUGGUUGGACUGUUGUGUCGACACAUAUUUGUGGUCUUUAGAGACCUUGAAAGGAUCCCUCUGAAGUACGUGGUUAAUCGGUGGACUAAGGAUGCAUCUUUAAAAGCUACGUUUGAAAUAGAUGGUGUGAUUUACGAUCAGAAUGGACCAAAGGAUGAAAAGAAGAUGUUGCUGAACAAAGUGUGGUCUGAUAUACACUGUUGUAUGGAUCUGGCAGGAUCAAACAUGGAGCAAUUGACUGCAUUUUCCAAAGUGAUUGAUGAACAGAAACAGCUACUACUGUCAGGAAAGGAGAAAUUGUCCCCUCAGCACAGCAGGAGGACUGUUAUAGAAUCAUAUUGUGGAUCAACAGAAAUUUCAGAGAUCAACAUACUUCCACCGAAACAUGCAAAGAACAAGGGCAGCGGCAAUCGUAUCAAAAGCAGCAAGGAGUUGGCAAUGGAAAAACAAUAG